GAGACAGACAGAUAGAGGGAUACGGAGACACAGAUCACCUGUCUGUCUCACUGCAGUCCGACCUGUCUGACGCACCAGAGGAGGAUGUUUGAGGACCUGAUUGAAGACUUCUGUGGUCUAGAGCCAAUGGUGGCUCCAGGGGGCGGGGUAUGUCAGAAGGGGCGGAGUCUUGAUGAAGAAGAAGGGGAGGGGUCCAGUCUGAGUGUUGGACAAUUCGUCCUCUGUCAUUGGUCAGAUGGACUCUACUACCUGGGCAAGAUACAGAGGGUGAGCUCGUCCAGACAGAGCUGCUUCGUCACCUUCGAAGAUAACUCCAAGUUCUGGGUUCUGUGGAAGGACAUCCAACACGCUGGAGUGCCGGGUGAGGAGCCUCAAUGUUCUGUGUGUCGUGGGGUGGGGCCAAACUCUGAUGGCCAAUCAAAUCCAACCAACCAGAUCCUCAUCUGUGGGAAGUGUGGGAUUGGUUUCCAUCAGCAGUGUCAUGUUCCUCCUGUAGAGGGCAGCAACAUCCUCAGUCCCUGGUUCUGUAGACGCUGUGUGUUUGCUCUGGCUGUCAGGAAAGGGGGCGCUCUAAAGAAAGGUCCAGUAGCUAAAGCUCUGUCAGCCAUGAAGCAGGUGCUGUUGUACGAUCUGGACUCACUGGACUGGGACUCUCAGCACCGGACCAACCAGCAGCAGUGCUACUGCUACUGUGGAGGCCCCGGAGAGUGGUAUCUGAAGAUGCUGCAGUGUUUCAGGUGUCAGCAGUGGUUCCAUGAAGCUUGUAUCCAGAGUCUGAACGAGUCCAUGAUGUUUGGAGACAGGUUCUACCUCUUCCUGUGUUCGGUCUGUAGUAAGGGGACAGAGUACGUCCGUCGUUUGUCUCUCAGGUGGGUGGACGUGGUUCAUCUGGUUCUCUACAACCUGUCCGUCAGCAGCAAAAAAAAAUACUUCGAGCUGGACGAGAUCCUCGCCUUUGUUUCCGCCAAUUGGGAACAUCUACAGCUCGGAAAGCUGUCAAAUACUCUUCCAGCAGACAGGGGGCAGCACCUUCUGGAUGCCCUGAACAAAUACAAGAGCAAGUUUCUUUGUGGGAAGGAGAUAAAGAAGAGGAAGUGCAUCUUUCGUCUGAGGACCAGAGUUCCGCCUAACCCCCCCUCCAAGCUUUUUCCUGAGCGUGCUCAAAACGAAGGGGGCCAGAGCCUCAAGAACGGUGUUGACAGAAACAGUGCUUCAGCCAAGAGGAAGAGGAGGAAGUCCAAGUGGCUGCUGGAAGACGCCAUCCCUAACAACGAGUCGUCCUGCAGCUGGACGUCCAACCACCACAUGGCCAACUUCUUUGACUUCACCCUGGAUGAACUGCAGAGCCUCAAGAGUAGAACCGUCAGUAUCGAUCAGGAAUCCACUGACGCCUCCACUUCAGGUUCUGCUACGACCAGCGCCUCCUACCACCUCAGGAGGAGGGUGGGCAGCAGGAAGAGGAAGCUACCUAGCUACAGCCAGUGGGCCAGUCGCAGCGAAGCAGGGGAGGAGCUUACUGGGAUCUUGGAGGAUCCAGAAGCUAUAACCCACGCCCAUCUAUCAUCAAACUCCUCCCAUUUCCUUUCCAACCCCUCCCAGCUCCACUCAUCCAUUUCCUCGUAUUUUGGAGGGGCGGGCAGACUGACCAAUGGGGAGAGGUACCAGGUGUUGGCUCGACGAAUCACUCCACAGGGGACGGUCCAGUACCUGCUGGAGUGGGAGGGGACAACACCAUAUUAGGACGUUUUCCUGUUACGCUUUGAUUCCUCUUCCUCCACUCACUGGUUCUACUGA